GGAACCACAAAUGAACACCACAGCCUCCUAACCGUCUCUCCCUUUAAAAAGAAAAAAAAGAACAGAAAAAAAAAAUCGUUCUCUUUGUUUUUCAAAUCCUCUGUCAUUGCAGGCAUGGAAUCCAAGAUCUUGUUGAGUGCAAUCCUCAUACUCUCUUCAUGGGUGUUUGUGGGGUCCUCUCAAGGACUUGGGCUUACAAUGCCAUGCAUGUCCAAGCUCCUUCCAUGCCAAGAUUACCUCCAUCCAUCAAAGACGACCCCACCAUCAACGUGCUGUGAUGCAUUGAAGGAUUUGAUAAAAGGCGAUCAACAUUGUCUAUGUGACAUAUUCAAUAACGCAGAGCUUAUGAAUACCUUCAAUGUAACCACAGAACAAGCCCUGGAGGCACCCAAGGCAUGCGGAGUACCCGUCGAUAUAAAGAUGUGCGAGUCGUCUUCAGAUGGUGAAGAAUCUGCAUUACCCCCAUCUGUUGCUAAAGCAUUUGAAGAAUAUGAAAAGCAUUUAGAUGCUAAAAAUGCAAAUUCUAAAGAUGCACCGAAAACUGAUGCUGAAUCUACACCAGCGAACGAUACUGCAUCUGCACCAACAACCAAUGUUAUACCUAAAACAGUUACCCCUUCUUCCGAUUCUGGUAUUGCAUCAUUUCCAUCUCUAUCUCCAUCUCAAGGUCCGACUUCAAGCACUUCAGGCGCUGAAAAAGGCUUCACUCGAGGAUUUGGUGUCUUCAUUUUCUUUGUCAUCACUUGGAUGACUUUAUUUAUUUAGAAUUUAGGGUUUGACUAAAAAAAUAUUUUAUAAAAUUUUAAUUAUUAUUGUUUCAAUAAUUUGGAGUGAAGCUAUUGAUAGAAAAAUAUAGAAGUGAAUAAAAUAAAAAAGAUAAGAUGCAUGGAGGAUCAGAGCCCAGAUAGAGGGUUGAUCUCUAGUGGACAAUCUAUCCUUAAACUUCACCAAGCAAUCAUGUGAAUUUGUGUAACCGAUACAAUAGUAAUGAUGAUGGAUCAAAAGCAAUUUAUACAUUUAUUUAAAAUGUUUUGAUAAUGAUCUCUUUGUAAGUGGUUUAUGCACUUUUAUUACUAUUGUAAAAGUUUUUCUUUUUAUUAAUAAGAAGUGGGUCC